AACACUGACAUCGAGAUCGACUCGUCAUCUGGAGAAAACGGACGUUUCUAACCCUUUUGAGAUAAACUGAGCCACUAUACACGAACUGUGCAGGACAACUACGAUCAUAAACGGAUUACAAUAGGGGAAGUUCGGGAAACAACACAAUCAAUAAUAUUAAAAAAAUUCUUCGUCACGUGGUCACGCUUGACCAAUCGGAGCGAGCCGAAACCAGCGGAAAGUAUUUCCCUUUGUUCGGAUAUUUUGGCUACUUUAUAUCCAAAUCUGAGCCUAAUGCUUUGUAUAAAUCACAGGAUGUGGAUGAGGAGGAGACGUUUUCUGGAGAAAUGACCCGCGGUGGAUGUGUUUUAUUGCGUUGUGAAAUGCCACGUGUUCAACUUUUGAUAAACAGUAUUGCUUUGGCGUAUCUCGAUCUCAUCACAUGACUCCCCUCCCCCACCCGGCUCAGGGAAUGGGGAAGAAGGCGGACAUGUUGGAGGCAAAUGUGUUGGUUAAAAAGUAUCGAGGUGGAGGACAAGAAGAUUAUUUGACGAAAGGUUUCGCAUUAUUUUUUUUUAUUUUUCCGGAUUUACCAGUCGACAUUUCUAUUUACUAUAAAUUCAAGGUUUUUUUUAUAUGUCAUACUUUGAAAACAUUUCUUUUUUUUAUAGCCUUAUUCAACUUUCCUUUUUAACCGUAGUCUAGCCUACUUUAUGUUUUUAACCGUGUAAACAUAUGUAAUACUAUUGUAAAGAUCUUUUAGUGUUAGUUUGCAUCGUUUAUUUGAGUGACAUUGUAGGGAAUUUGUAACCUUCAUGUUGGGGGAUGGGCGCAUGUGGUUAGGUAACCAUUUUGGGUGGUUGUUGAAUUUGUAGAGAGGUCGCUUUUUAAAGAGACGAAUUCUUCUAAAUAAUGACUAAGUAGUUGAUUGUUGUAACUGUAAUCUUUGUAAUUAUUUUUUAAAUGUUUGGUUUAGUCUCGUUUAAACCCAAGGUAAAGGCUCAGGCAUGGUAGGCCUGGUUGUUUUCAAACCUAUACAAAAUACGUUUUUCUUGUGAUUUCCUUUUUAGCUUUAAGGUAAUUAACGUAAUUGUUAGUUGGGUUGGGCAAAAGGAGCUUUUACUUUGAUCAUAAAGUCUUGAGGCCAGUGAGGAAAACUGCUGUGUCAUUCAGUGGUUAUUGAUAGAUCCUUUGACCCCCUCUAGGUGUGGUCUUUUUUUAUUGUUCUUGAAGUAAGUAAGGCAGCAAAUGUAGAGCCUCGCCGAUGUAUAUUCACGUAUGACUGUAAGCUUUGUUUUGUUUUUAUCUUAGUACUACUUUGUUGUUUGUGAGCCAUGGAGGCCUUGUUUUGUGUUCUCAAAAUGGUGGCUUUUUUUUUUUCUCAGCAGCACUUGAACGCUACUUGUUUCACUUCGGUUUGUAAGCGUGAUGUGUGGCUGUUUCUGUUUGUUAUGUUUGAUGUUUGACCUUAACUUGGCUGUAAGUUAUUCCAUUGUAGUAACUGUGUCAUUGCGCUUAAAGAUGGCGGCCAUGCGCCUCUUCCGAAAGACAGAAAUGCGGACAUUCUGGUAAGUAGAGCGCUCGUGGGGAGAGGCUCUUGGCUCUUGAGGGGUACGCGUGACCUGCUGGAAGAACCAAUGGGCUUCUUGGGCUUCACCCUUGAAGCCCGCGUUCCAACCGUGUUGACCAAUCCCUGUCGCCGCUUUGCACACGUUGACGUAAUGUAAUAUGAUGAGGAGGAGAGCCGCUUCGUUGCCUUCGCAUUUUGUACAGGAUUAAGCGGAGGAGCCAGUUACAUGCUGGAUUUCUGUAAUGCUGAAUAGACCGAGCCAAUAGUAUUGUGUAAUUUUCUUGACGGACAGCAGGAACUUGCGAAUGGGUUGGGCCGAAAGUUUGUCAUUAAAGCCUCAGUAUCUAGGGGUGUGGUGACUUUGAGGGACGUCGUAAGCAGCGAAUAGAAACCCAGAGGGCGUGGACUUUCUGAGAUGGGCUAUCCAAUAGAGCGAAGAGUCGGUCUAUAAAAGCACGGGUGUAGUCGCAUCGUCGCCAUUUCAACGAAGCAGAUUAAAGGAGUCCAGUGUGGCGGGGAGCGGAGAAAACUGACGGAACAGAGACGGAUCCAGGUCCGAGUCUAGCUAAAAACAGAAUCCGGAUCCAUCCUGAUGGAAAUGGCUGUUAACCCGCUCCUUGACAGCUCCCAUGUCGGGAUUGAGGUUGGCAUGAUGGGAGUCACAACAAUGGACCAGGGUUCUGGCGCAGCUGGAAAACGAAUCCGAAAACCUUCACUGCUCUAUGAGGGCUUUGAGAGUCCCGGGAUGCCCCCCCUCAAUCAGAUGGCAUAUUCGGGACCCCCACAGCCUCCGGUGAAAGACCCCGGCCGACAGGGGAGGAUGACCAACCAACUUCAGUUCCUACAGAAAGUCCUGCUCAAGUCUCUGUGGAGGCACCACUUUGCCUGGCCUUUCCAUGAACCGGUAGACGCGACCAAACUCAACCUACCUGACUAUCAUAAGAUCAUCAAAACUCCCAUGGAUAUGGGCACUAUUAAGAAGCGACUAGAAAAUAACUACUACCGCAGUGCCAGUGAGUGCAUGCAGGACUUUAACACCAUGUUCACCAACUGCUACAUUUAUAACAAGCCUACAGAUGACAUAGUACUGAUGGCCCAGUCUCUGGAGAAGGCAUUCCUGCAGAAAGUGGCUCAGAUGCCGCAGGAGGAGUUAGAGCUGCCUCCUCCCAUUCCACGGAGCAAAACGGGCAAACCUGGCAGAAAAGGCAGAGUCUCUGGAGGAGUGACGACAGCUCAUCAGGUCCCAGCUGUCUCCCAGUCAGUGUACUCGCCUCCCACCCCGGAAACACCUGACCACAUCCUCUCCACCCCCCCACAGACACUUUUGACCAAGAGCCUGCUCUCUGAACAAAGCAUCCCUAGCAUUACGGGUCUGCCUCCCACACAGCCCACCACUAAGAAAAAAGGCGUGAAGAGGAAAGCAGACACAACUACCCCAACCACGGUAGCCAUGCCCAUCAUGAGCACCAUGGGCGUCAGCGGCAUCAGCCUGGGGAUGGGCGGUGGGCACAACUCCCCGCUAACCCUCACAUCUCUGGGGGUGGACCACAACUCCAUGAACCAAGGCCUCAGCCUCAGCCAGGGGAUGGGCAUGGGGAUGGGAAUGGGGAUGGGCAUGGGUAGCAUACCCAUGAUGGGUACCAAAUCAGCAGGGGGGGCCAGAAGAGGAGUGAGCGGUCGACCUAUCAAGCCUCCCAAGAAGGAUUUACCAGAUUCCAUGGUGCCAGCGCCGGUGCGCCGCAGCAAGCUGAGCCCCCAGCUGCGCUACUGCAAUGGGGUCCUGAAGGAGCUGCUCUCGAAGAAACACGCAGCGUACGCCUGGCCGUUCUACAAGCCCGUCGAUGCCUCCACCCUCGGUCUUCACGACUACCACGACAUCAUAAAGCAGCCCAUGGACCUCAGCACCAUCAAGCGGAAGAUGGACAGCAGAGAGUAUCGGGACUCCCAGCAGUUCUCUGCUGAUGUUAGACUGAUGUUUUCUAACUGCUACAAGUACAACCCCCCUGAUCAUGAUGUGGUGGCCAUGGCCAGAAAGCUGCAGGAUGUCUUCGAGUUCUGCUUUGCUAAGAUGCCAGACGAGCCUCCAGCACCCCCGAGCUCCUCAUCUUCCUCGUCCUCCUCGUCGUCGUCAUCUGAGAGCGAGCUCAGCAGUGAAAGUGAGGAGAGCGAGAGCAGCCCCAGCUCUGACUCUGAGGAGGAGAGGGCAAACCGGCUGGCAGAGCUGCAGGAACAGCUAAAAGCCGUACACGAGCAGCUCACUGCACUAUCCCAGGGCCCCAUCGUCAAACCCAAGAAAAAGAAAGAGAAGAAGGACAAGAAAAAGAAGAAAAAGGUAGAAAAGGAGAAGCACAGGAAGGUUGAGGAAGAGCUGCCGCCUAUUAUUAAACCAGCCAAGGCCCCCAAGAUCACCAAGACACCAAAACCCAAGAGCAACCGUGGAACAGCCUGUCCUGUGGUGCCGAUAAAGAAGGCACCGAGCAAGAAAAACAACAAGAGCAAGUCCAAGAAAGGUGGCAUGACCUUUAGCGUGCCUCCGCCGGUCCACGAGCCCAUAGUGAGUCAUUACGACUCGGAUGAAGAGGAGGAAACGGCACCCAUGUCGUACGAUGAGAAGCGUCAACUCAGCCUGGACAUCAACAAGCUGCCGGGGGAGAAGCUGGGCCGCGUUGUUUACAUCAUCCAGUCCCGCGAGCCCUCGCUCCGAGACACCAACCCAGAGGAGAUCGAGAUAGACUUCGAGACACUGAAGCCAUCAACGCUGCGGGAGCUGGAGAGAUACGUCAUGACGUGUCUGAGGAAGAAACCUCGAAAGCCAUAUGCAAGUAAAAACAACAUUGCUGGCAAGUCCCGUGAAGAGAUCGCUCUGGAGAAACAAAUGGAGCUGGAGAGAAGGCUGAUGGACGUCAGCGGUCAGCUCAACUCUGGAAAGAAGCCUCCUAAGAAUAAACCAGAGAAACCGGCAACAGAGACGAACACGCAGCCGUCACGCCUCAGCGCCAGCAGCUCCUCCUCCGACUCCUCUUCAUCAUCCUCUUCGUCCUCCUCCUCGGACACAAGCGAGUCAGACUCCGGCUGAGAGGCAGGGGGUUUCCAUAUGAUCAGUGUUUCGCUUUCCCACAAAGUGGACUGAACUGUAAUAGAGCUACUGACGAUGGAGCCGCAGGACGGAUCAGACGAGACCAGAGCUAGGCAGGACUGGUCCGACUCGACAAGUGUCAACUCAACAAAGAGCGAGAGAGAUGGGGCUUUCCCUGCGCUCGGCUCAUUCAUCCAGUCCUCUCCUGGACACAGAGACGUUGAGGAUGGAUGGAAAGAAGUGGAGUCAUUGUAAAGUCCUGCCGUUCUCCUGGAGAACUGGCCUUGCUGAGCAGAGCGAGGGACGCUCCAUCUCCUGCAACAAGAAAAAGAGAGAAGAGCGACGCAUGUGUUGGAGGGAUAAGGGUGCUAGAGCCAGAAUCUGUCUUAUUUCUGGAGAUAUUUUCCCUUCUUCCCAUGCUCCCCGUCUUCAUGCUGUAUAGAUAAGGUGUACAGUUAUAUGAAUAUCUAUUUUUCUUUUAUAAAGAAGCAUUUUAUGGAGCUAAUUUAUUCCCUCAUUCUGGGAACGAUGAACUGGUGUGGGCGGAGUUGUUUUAGUUCUUGUUUAGUUUUUUUCUUGAGUGGCAGAGGGGAAGUGUAUGUGUGUUAGUGGUGGGUGGGUGUGCGUGUUGGUAUGAAUGUGUGUGUGUGUGUGUGCGCGCCUGCCUGCAUGAAUGUAUGUGUUCGCAUGCAAGAGUGCGAGAUCCGACACCACAAGUGCAGCCUUGUGAAUUUCCUCCUAGUUUUGACGCAGGCGUUGAAAAUCAGUCUGCACGCAGAAGCACCUUGGUUCAGUAGAAUGCAUGCAAUACAGAGGAGCUGUCAAACAUCUGCAUACUCAUGUACUACUUUACUGCAUCCUUGUGUACUCAUGUACUUGUUUGAAAAGGGUUGGCCACUGUACAGAAAUGUGACAUAGUUACACAUCAGUUUAUACAUACAUAUUUCUGUUCCCAUGUGUGCUGUCUAUUUUUAUUUUUUUCCUUCAUCCAUUUCUCUGUAAACGUGUUGCUCUUUUUUUUUUUUUUCUUCUUCUUGUGACCAAUCUGCUAAUAAAUUGUGAGGACGUGUCUUGUCCACUCACCUGUGCCCAAAUAACAUCUUGGUUCUUUUGAGUUCUUUCGGUCUGUUCGGCUCGAGUCGUAAAACAUCUGACUGGACUUUGAGGAAAAAGGUUUUGCUGGUUCUUAUAUUUGAUAUUUUAUUCGAGCAGGUGAAGCAAUUUGGGUUUUCACUUCUUAACACCACGGUGUCACAAAGUUAAAACUGCUUCAUCUUUAAAAACAAUUUGGCCUUUUGAGAUCUAUGGCAGCUGAUCGUAUUUAUUUUCUGUAUUAACUGAGUUUUGUUUAAGAGUAAGUUUACUUAUUUGUGUGAUUAAAACAUUAGUUAUACCAGGUUGGGAAGUUUGGCAGGUAAGAAAAGCAACGUGUCCGGUGAAGUUUGGGUUCCAGCAGUCAGUUUACCAGAAGACACACAGGAUGGUUUUAUGUUGUAAUAACGAUGCACUGUUUGUUUGGUGGAACUACUAAACAAGUUUGUGACUUAGGUAAGGUGUGUAUCAUUUUUGUUCUUUUUAAAAUCACUAUGGCUUGAGAUUGAAGUAUUGUAUGUUUUCAAACUGAUUAUUUAUUUAGAAGGAAUUUGAAAUAGAUACUUUUUUUCAUAAAACUGAAAAUAAUCAAAAGUUAACUAUGACAUAUGCACAGAUUCACUGUCAGGAUUGUAGAAGUGUACAUAUUUUACAGUCUCGAUCUUUUGAGCAUGUUUUUGUUUUUCAUUCUUUUGGCUACUGUUCUAAAACAAAAAUACUCCAGACUUGUCAGUCUUAACUUUUCUGCAGUUUGUCAGAAAUCUAAACGCCUCUGUACUUGACUUCCCAUCAUUUCAUCUGAACAUCUGUACAUAAAUAAACUGGGACAUGUUCAUCUUUUCA